AUGUCUAGCAGUGACCAGCCCCGUUUCGAGCACGCCGAUCCGGCCGCCCACGACCCGAAAGACUCGAGUAGGUACCACGCUGCUGCCGCUGCUGCUGCCCUAGAUCUGAAUGUGUCGCUGAAACCUGACUCUUUCCCAGAGGACCAGCGUUCUAUUGCCAACCGCGUCGAAGCGGCGAUUGCAGCUGAGGACGAGGACAGCGACAGCCCCGAGGUCCAGGCGCUCAAGGAGGACCCGACGUUGCCCGCCCGGUUGAACGGCAACGAGCCCAGCCGCGGGGCCAAGAUUGAUGCGCAGAUCCAGGCCGAGGAGGAGGCCGAGCUGGAGCGCAAGGGCAAGGCUUAG